CGCUAUGGCAGCGGCGUCGCGGUGGGUCGGGCCUCUGCGCUGGCGCCCUGACAGGGCCGCCUCAGACGCCGCCGGCACCACUUCCUCUUUGGAAUGAGCGGGGCCUCCUGCCGCCGCUCGCCGCGCCCCGCGCCGCUGCCGCCGCAUCCCGACUGUGGGCCCGCUCCGGGAUCAUGCCCCUGACCGCCUACUGCUACCUGCGUGUCGUGGGCAGGGGCAGCUACGGGGAGGUGACGCUCGUGAGGCACCGACGGGACGGCAGGCAGUAUGUCAUCAAAAAGCUGAACCUCCGAAAUGCCUCCAGCCGAGAGCGGCGAGCUGCUGAACAGGAAGCUCAGCUCUUGUCUCAGUUGAAGCAUCCCAAUAUUGUCACCUACAAGGAGUCGUGGGAGGGAGGGGAUGGUCUGCUGUACAUCGUCAUGGGCUUCUGCGAAGGAGGUGAUCUGUACCGAAAGCUCAAAGAGCAGAAAGGGAGGCUUCUGUCCGAGAGUCAGGUGGUGGAGUGGUUUGUUCAGAUCGCUAUGGCUCUGCAGUAUUUACAUGAAAAACACAUCCUUCACCGAGAUUUAAAAACUCAAAAUGUCUUCCUAACAAGAACAAACAUCAUCAAAGUGGGUGACCUAGGAAUUGCCCGAGUGCUUGAGAACCACUGUGACAUGGCUAGCACCCUCAUUGGCACACCCUACUACAUGAGCCCUGAAUUGUUCUCAAACAAACCCUACAACUAUAAGUCUGAUGUUUGGGCUCUGGGAUGCUGUGUUUAUGAAAUGGCCACCCUGAAACAUGCUUUCAAUGCAAAAGACAUGAAUUCUUUAGUUUAUCGGAUUAUUGAAGGAAAGCUGCCACCAAUGCCGAAAGAUUACAGCCCAGAGCUGGCAGAAAUAAUAAGAACCAUGCUGAGCAAAAGGCCUGAAGAAAGACCUUCUGUGAGGAGCAUCCUAAGGCAGCCUUACAUAAAGCGCCAAAUAUCCUUGUUUUUGGAGGCCACGAAGGCAAAAACCUCCAAAAAUAAUAUUAAAAAUGGUGACUCUAAAUCCAAGCCUGUGGCUACAGUGGUUUCUGGAAAGGCUGAAUUAAGUCAUGAAGCCGUUCCCCCUCAACCACAUUCUUCUGAGGGCUCCAAGACAUAUGUAAUGGGUGAAGACAAAUAUUUGUCCCAGGAGAAACCCAUAGUCAUUGGCCCCUUGAAGACACCUGCAAGUCUGAAAGGCCACACCUACAAACCAGACGUAAGCAAUACUGCAGAAUCGCUAGCCACGAUCAGUAGGGUGAAUAUUGACAUCUUACCUGCAGAAAGGAGGAACUCAGUGAACAACAGCUUAGUUCAAGAGAAUCAACGAAGACACUUAGAUGCCUCUAAUGAGCUAGAAGGUAAAUGUAUUGUUUCUCAAGUGAAAGAGAGGCUGCAGGAUAAUACUAAAUCCAGUGCUCAACCUGGAAACCGAAUUCCCACAUGGUCCAUUGACUAUGUCACUGGAGAAAGGAAUGACCCAGUGAAGCCUCUGCAGCCCCUAAACAAAGACCAAAAUUUAUCAAAGGACCAGGUGAGUGUGGGUUGUGUUCUUUGUGAACAGGACAGAAUCCACCCAGCUUUACAGCCACACAGCUCUGGGUCUGAACCUUUCCUGUCUCAACAGCAGCGGCAGAAGAAAAGAGAACAUACUGAGCAUACUGAGCAUAGUGGGAAAAGAGACAGGUCAUUCCAAGAGACUCCUCCUCGUCUUUUGCCUUCUCUUUCUACUGUUGGAAAAGUGGAUGUCACAUCAACACAAAAAGAUGCUGAAAACCAAAGUAGAGUGGUCACUGGGUCUGUGAGCAAUUCGAGGAAUAGUGAGAUAUCAUCAUCAAAGGACCGACCAUUAUCAGCAAGAGAGAGGAGGCGACUAAAGCAGUCACAGGAAGAGAUCUUCCCCUCAGGCCCUUCAGUGAGGAGAGUUUCUCUGAGUCCAGCAGGGCCGGGGAAACCACAAGAGGAAGGCCACCCUACCCCUGCUCAAUGGUUGUCUUCUGACUACAGCGUUGCUCAGGAAAGGAAACUCACCCAUUGUCUCUCUGAGGAUGAGUUAAGUUCUUCUACAAGUUCAACUGAUAAAUCAAAUGGGGAUUCAAAGGAAGGGAAAGGUCAUACAAAUGAAAUGAGUGACUUGGUACAAUUGAUGACACAGACCCUGAAGUUGGACUCUAAAGAGAGCUAUGAAGAUCUCCCGGUACCAGAGCCAGUGUCAGAAUUUAAACUUCAUCGGAAGUAUCGGGACACACUGAUACUUCAUGGGAAAGUUGCAGAGGGGGCGGAGGAACUCCAUUUUAAAGAGCUACCUUCAGCUAUCGUGCCAGGUUCUGAAAAAAUCAGAAGAAUAGUUGAAGUCUUGAGAGCUGAUGUAAUUCGGGGCCUGGGGAUUCAGCUUUUAGAGCAGGUGUAUGAUAUUUUGGAAGAGGAGGAUGAAUUGGAAAGAGAGGUACUUUUGCGGGAGCACAUGGGUGAAAAGUAUGUGACUUACAAUGUGAAAGCUCGCCAGUUAAAAUUUUUUGAAGAUAAUGUAAAAUUUUGAUAAUUUACCUAAUCUGCUGCCAGAAUGAAACUAUUUUCAAAGGUUUUUGGCGUAAACAAAAACAAACAAACCUAUAAUAAUGACUGGAGGCCAUUCACCAUCCUUGUAUUUUGUUGGGCCUUUUUUUACUAGAAAAAAAUUGGACAGAGUAAUAUGAAGCAAGCUUAUUACAAAAGAAAAAAACCUUUGGCUAUCUUAUUCUCUUUAUGAGGGAA